UAACAGCGCCUUUCAGCAGACGCACUCAUAAAUACAAAUAGAAAUAGAUAAAAUAAUCAAAAUUGAAAAGCGCUAAUUUGGUAAAAUUAAUAGCGCGCGUUUUAAGUACGUUUACAACAUCAAAAUUAAGUUAGGCAUAGAGCUUUUUAAACGAGACCACGUGCGAUUUAAAUGCGCUUUCAAGUCAGCAAUUUCGAGACGUAAAUUGCAUUGCAAUUUAAUACAGCUGCCGCAUUGCUUAAAUAAUACUAAAUCAAACCAACCCGUUUCUGAGAUCCACCUACCGGAGUUAGAAUGCAAAACAAUCCCAGUCCACAGUUACCAUGCAAGGGCAUUUUAAAGACUUCGCGCAGUUUUGACAAGUCGGGCGCCAGUUUUCGCAAAAGUGCCAAGUUCGAUGAGCUAAAUGUGCUGCAAACAUUUCAUCCAGUCGACAAGGAUUACGGACACAUGAAGAUCGAUGAGCCAAAAACACCCUACAACUAUACGGAGCCAUUCAAUGAGAACAAAGACGAGCUGGACACCGAGCUGCUGGUCGAGAAACUACGUAUUGCUGCCAGCUCACAACAGACUUCCCAAAGCAUUGACGAUGAAGGGUCUUCCGGCGAUGAUCAGCCCAUUAGCGAAGAGGAGCGACAACGGCGUCGUGAAUUCGAGAGGCGUCGCAAAGCGCAUUAUCGCGAAUUCGAGGCAGUUAAAUUGGCUCGCAAAUUGAUUCAGGAGGAGGACGAUGAUGAUGAUGAUGAUAAUGAAGUAGCGUCUGGCUCCAUCGAGGCCUCCAGUUCCGCCAGCUAUGCGAGCUGCUCAAACCAAAAGCCAGGUCCAAAAGCAACCACAUCCGCGUCCACCAAUGCCAGCAAUACCAGUACCAACAACAUGGAGCUGGAGCCAUCCCACAAUUAAUAGCAAUACGUAUAAAACAAUAUCAAACAGGGUUCUAACUGGCGUUAAUUGUUGAUGUUUAUCGUUGUCCACGCUGGCUGCUCAUCCGAAACUUAAUUUAUUGCUACGUGAUGAAUUGAAUUGAAUUUACAUUUACAUUUACAUUUACCCAGCGGGUCGGGUAACGUUCGUAUGUUUCAAAUCGCAGCCGGCGCUAAAUUGUGUUUUCCAUCAAUGAAAAUAUAUAUUGCAAAUGAAAUAGAAAUCUAAUGAAAUUACGCUGCUGGAUAUUUUACAACUAAAGUGCACAUUAUAAACUAAUAUACGAGUAAAUAUACAUAUAUAUAAAUUGGUAGCGUUAUA